AUGCUGACCACCACCACCAUCAUCAUCAUCAUCAUCCAAUAUAUAUUGCUAGUCGUCGACGCCAUCGAGUUCCGCGCAUGCUGCGACGAAAAUUGCGAGACGUUCGCCGAUCCCAACGAGAUGCGCGGAAUCGCGUGCUGCUCCAAAUCCAUCUACAACACGACGUUGAAUAUUUGUUGCGACGGUGUGAUACACACAAGAGAUCGCGGCGGGGUGAUGGCGCACUCGUGCUGCGGCUCGAAUCCGCUCAGGCUCGACCAGACGUGCUGUCAGGGCAAGAUCCACAACAUCAUUUCUGGGAUGUGCUGCGGCUCGCAAGUCUACCUGCCGUCGGACGCCACCAAACUAUGCUGCCGCUCGAAUCUCGUCUCAAAGUCCACACCGGACGACGUGUGUUGCGGAAUCGAGGCGUUCAAUCCGCACAGCGAAAUGUGCUGCGGCGAUCGGGUGCACGCCGGCGCCGACAACAUCGAGUGCUGCGCGAUGGCCAACGGCACAAUGGUGGCCUACAAUUCCGAUAGUCAUGUCUGCUGCGAUGGUCCGCUGCCGAAAAUCAACACCACCAAAGCGUGCUGCUAUCUGCGUCGAGACGGCGUCUUCAUGAAUACGCAAUACGACAAGAGGAGAGACUGCUGCAAAUAUCCAUACGACAAACUAUACCCGUUUAGCGAGUGCACCUGA